GAGAGCCUAACGUGAUAAGACCUCAGCGGCUCAGCCUUCCAUAUAGGCUGAGCUGAAGGCGAAGCGCACGUGGCGCGUUCCGAUACUUGCGCUUGCCAGCCUCGGCCCGCCAGGCUAGCCAACGCGUAUGUGAGCUGCCUGAGCUACAACGACGUUCGGAGCUUUCCAUAACCUGAAGACCAAGCUUCCCAUUUCCUCCAGAACAACCACGAUUGCCUUGCAAGCAACGACGAACUCUCCCACUGCUGUCGAAAUACGAGAUAUCUCCACUCAAUCCAACCGACCAGUCGAUUUUCGCAUUCAUACGACGGCAUUCAAAAUGGAGUUCGGCAACAAGGGCGUACUGAAUGAAGAUGGCAUUCACGUCGACAUGGACCGAUUAAAGAAGGGCGAAGUCAACCUGGGUACCUCCAUUAUGGCAGUCACAUUCAAGGAUGGUGUCAUUCUGGGUGCCGAUUCAAGAACUACAACGGGAGCCUACAUUGCGAACCGAGUGACAGACAAGUUGACCCGAGUCCACGAUACCAUCUGGUGCUGUCGCUCCGGCUCCGCAGCCGACACCCAAGCCGUUGCUGACAUCGUACAAUACCAACUGGGCAUGUUCGCCAUGCGCAACGGCAAGAACCCCACGACACAGACUGCCGCCGCCAUAUUCCAGGAGAUCUGCUACGCUAACAAGGACAGCUUGAGCGCAGGACUCAUCAUCGCAGGCUGGGACGAGCGACACGGCGGCCAGGUCUACUCGAUUCCCCUGGGCGGCUCGCUGCAUAAGCAAUCCUAUGCCAUCGGCGGCUCGGGUUCGACGUACAUUUACGGUUACUGCGACGCGAACUGGCAGGAGGGUAUGGAGGAGAAGGAAGCUGUGGACUUUGUCAAGGGCGCUCUGCAGGAGGCUAUCAAAUGGGAUGGCAGUUCCGGUGGUGUCAUUCGCAUGGUGGUCUUGACGGCCAAGGGCGCCGACAGACAUCUCUACCUUCCGGACGAGGAAUACAAGGUGCGGCAUGAUUAGAUGCGCCAGGACAGGCAGCAGCGCGUUGGGAAGGGGAUGGAAUGCGAUGGGAAGACAAAUCUGUACAAUACUUGCCAACGAAAGAAAGCAUCUACAGUGAUGCAGGGCAGUUGCUCGUGAUGGCUUCAGCUGGUACGGCAAUGUGGAAGCAAUAAAUGGCGGACAUGAGAACAGUCAUCGUCGCCCAUCCCUGAAUCCUCGAUGUCCAGCGAGCUCGACAUUUCGUGACACUUGUUAAAUCCAUCGCGCACCGGAAGCUUCAUCACAGCUGGACAGCUUCGGCGUCCAGAUCGCAGCGUGGCAAGUUCCAUGGCCUUGGCAUCAGCAGGACCAUCAAGCGGU